UGUCGCGAUAAAUCCAAAUCCCGAGUCAAGCUCAGCCGACGGAAAAACAGGCAGGUAGACGGGCACCCUUUUCGGUGACAUCUUAACGCAUGCGCAGCAGGUGCUUUCGAGUGAAAGAGCGAGGCGCGUAAGCAGUACCGGUCCACAUUUGCAGUUCAUGGCGUGUUUAUAGCCAAAAAAGUUCACAUUGUUGUAUUUUCUGUGUCGAUGAUAUUGUUCCCAGAUGGAGGAGGUAGACGUUGAGCCCACUAUUACUAAUAUCCCUGCAAUCAGUGAUGGAAAGCACAUGGGAUUUGCAUGGGGUCCUGGUGAUAUUCUUGUAUAUGAGACACUAUACAAAGCAUCAGGUGCUUCAGGAUCAGGUUGCUCGUUCAUCCAUGAGAUCAGGAAAGAUGAGGACAUAUAUUCCCCCAUUUUACGCAAGCUUUUUAACGAGUCUCACCACAUCUUCGUUGGCCUGCAGACAAUUAGAGAGGACCUCCCUAGCAAGACUAAAAAACCCCAAUUUGUUAGUAUCAGCAAAAAUUAUCGAUCCGUGAUCCGUGCUUGUAUGGAGGAACUUCAGCAAGUUGCAGUUUCUACCAAAAAUGCAGAGUUGGCCAUGCAGUGUGGAAAUCAGGUGUCCAUUCUUUUGGCCAUAGAACUGAUCUGGAAUCUGUGUGAAGUGCUGUUCAUCGAUGCUGCUCCAGCGGGCUCCCUGUUGCUCCACCUGCUGGACUGGGUAAGGUUACAUAAGGCUGACGUGGACGAGAGUGCCAGAGAGGUGCUCCAAAGUGAGAGCCCUGCCGAGCACCGCGACUAUUGGGACGUGGUGGUGAGUUAUGUGCUGCAGGGCAGGUUGGAAGAAGUCAGACAGAUGCUGGUGAAACAGGCCAAUCUACAGCCUGCUGCCAGGAGCAUGUACAAGCAGAUGGAUACCUUGCUCAGCAAGAUGCCCUUCUACAAUCCUGGUGGCACUCAGACGCUCACAGAGUUUGAUGUAAAGUGGAGGCACUGGCACGAGGAGGUGGACCGCUGCCUGCAGGACAACUCGUUUGCCAGCAACCGACAUCUGGAGCUCAUCUGCAAGAUCCUUCUGGGAGAUGAAGACACUUUGCUGGAUCACAAGGAGCUGCUGGGUACCUGGUAUCACUUUCUGGUCACGAGACUUCUCUUCUGCCACCCCACAGUGAAACCCACAGAGUUGCAUUAUUAUGCUCAGUCGUGCAUGACGAUGUUUCUGGACUCGAGGAGCGUCCCAGAGCCCCUGGACAACAUCUUACUUGCUGCCUUUGAGUUUGACAUCCAUCAAGUCAUCAAGGAGUGCAGCAUUGCUCUCAACAACUGGUGGUUCGUGGCCCAUUUGACAGAUUUGUUGGAUCAUUGCAAACUCCUGCAGUCUCAUAAUCUCCACUUUGGCUCCAACUUGAGAGAGUUUCUCCUUCUAGAAUAUGCUUCUGGUCUCUUCACUCAUCACAGCCUUUGGCAGUUGGCUGUGGAUUACUUUGAUCACUGUCCAGAGUUUGGUCGUGUCUACCUGGAGCUUCAGAUAGAGCGCGUCCCUUUAGAGACGGAGCGUAAAGCUCUCAAGGUGCUGAGGAUUUGUGAGCAGAGGCAAAUGUCAGAACAAGUGCGGAGUAUCUGUAAGAUCAUGGCUAUGCAGGCCCUGAGGAACAAUAGGCUGGGCUCUGCUCUCUCAUGGAGUAUAAGAGCCAAAGAUGCUGCAUUUGCCACCCUGAUUUCAGAGAGGUUCCUACAGGAUUACUGUGCCAAAGGGACCUUCUCUGAUCUGGACCUGAUUGAUAACUUGGGCCCGGCGAUGCUCCUCAGCGACAGGCUGACUUUUCUCGGAAAGUACCGCGAGUUCCACAAGCUGUAUGGAGAGAAGCAUUUCAGGGAGGCGGCAAAGCUGCUCCUCUCCCUGAUGACUGCAAAGAUUGCUCCACAAAGCUUCUGGAUGACUCUGCUGACCGAUGCUCUGCCACUGCUGGAGCAGAAAGAGGUGAUCUUCACAGCAGAUCAAACCUAUGAGCUGAUGUUCUGUUUAGAGGAGCUCACCUCCUCACUGAACAUCACUGCUUCCAGCACAGACAGGCCUAUGCAGGAGGAAGACGUAGAGGUGACCAAAGUGGAGCUCCUGAGACUCGCUCUGGCCAGGAAUCUGGCUCAAGCGAUAGUCAAAGAGGGAACAGUGGAAACAUAAAAGUGUGACUUUAAUAAGAAAGCUCUUGUUUUGCAUUUUUGUACUGUAUAUACUAAAGAAUCAUUAAUCACAAUGUGCUCUUUGAUAAUAAAACACUUCA